CUUUGUGGAUUUUGCCCUUUGUUUAUCAUUUAUAGAUAAUGUAUUACUCUGUGGUUCAAGGAUAUGUUAUUCGGUCCCCUCAUUUUGCAGAUAUUCUUUCUGACUAUUGUGCUUCCUUCAGCUCUCACAGGAUUCGUCUUAAUGGGAUAUAAUGGACCUGAAAGAGUACUUGAACAGGAUUGGGUUUACUGGCCAAUAUGACAAAGCCGACCUGGACAAUUUGUUCACCAUCCACAAGCUGCAUGUUAUGAAUAUUCCAUUUGAGAACCUCAGCAUCCAUUCUGGCGAGAAGAACACUAUGGACCUGCAAAUCAUCUAUGAUAAAAUAGUCAAGAGCAAUCGGGGAGGCUGGUGUUGUGAAAACAACCUCUUGUUCUCAUGGGUCCUGAAGGAGAUCUCAGGUAAAGACCAGCCGCAGCCUUCAGGUGUAUUCCGCCUCAUAAAUAAUGGGCUGCAGUGGGUUUUGGAGAAGACCAACAGGAAGCAAUUGGUCCAAGAUAAGACCUUUGCUAAUUCCAGCCUCAUUGAUAAACGGCUCACCAAAACAUUAUACUCCUUCACAUUAACACCCCGUAAUGCAGAUAAUUUCCGAGAGAUGUCAGAUUACCUGCAGACUAGUCCAGACUCUCUGUUCGUGCUCAAAUCCAUUUGCGGCUCCCUUCAGACACCCACAGGCUUCAGAGCUCUGUUUGGUUGGACAUACAGCAAGGUCACAUUUAAAGAGGACUCAGACUUGGUGGACAUGAAAGAAAUCCCAGGCUGUGAGAUAGAGGCUUUACUAAGGGACAUGUUUAACCUGGUGUUAGUUAAUAAAUUCACACCCAAAAACAACAAAGCUGAUUAUUGUAUCUAAUACUCAGCUCAUCUAAUAAUUUUAGUAAUCAGUGUGUUUUGCUUGAAUAUUGAAAUAAAAAUUGUACUCUGAAGGCUCUGCUUCUUUGUCUUUUAUUAUUUUCUUAAUGCUCU